ACGUGGGGAGAGAGGAAGAGGAGGAGGCGCCUUCCUGCUCCGCCUGGAGGGGGGGGGGGCGUUAGGGGUUGCAACACCCCCAAGUAGCCGCAUCUGGUGCAAGGGGGCGGGAGGGAAGACCGGCUCUCCCCGCAAAGGGUGACAGCCCUACUUUUUUUCCCCCCUCAGGGAGAAAAUACCAUCAUAAGCACUUCUUGGUGGUGGCAGUUGCCUGGUGUAUGCAGGGACCUCAAGAUAUAGCCACCUGACUGACAGACCUCUGUCAAAUCUCUGGUGUCAACAGGACGUCCUGGCCUAGCCUGAGCCUGCUUCGGUGGGGAGGGAGGGAUACAAAUCAAAUCAAUCAAUAAAAAUAAAUAGUCUGGAGGGCAAACUGUGAUACAGAAGACUCCUUCCCACCAUGUUUGCCUGUGAGAGUUGGGGCCUUGGUGGCCAGACCUCUGUCUAUAAUUGGGACAAGGCUGUCUACCUCUUGGAAGAUAAAAUAGAACCUGAACAAGGAUCAGGGGAUUUGGACCUCCAUUUCAAGGUGCUGCUUGAGCAGGAGAUGUAUCCUGAAAUCACAAUUGAGGAGGAAGAGGAAGAAGAAGAGGAGGAGGAGGAGGAGGAGGAAGAGGAGGAGGAAGAGGAGGAGAUGGAGGGAGGGGAAGUGGAAGUAGAAGUUGAAGAAGAUGGAGAGGUUGUGCAGGAAGAGGAAGAGGAGGUAGUUGUGGGAGAGGAGGAGGAAGAAGAAGAUGAUGAUGUUGAGGAAGAAGAAGAUGAUGAAGAAGAAGAAGAGGUGGAAGAGGUGGAAGAAGUAGAAGUGGAAGUAGAAGAAGAAGAUGAGGGAAGUCCAUCAGGGCUUCAACAAGCAGUAGUACUAACUGAGGAAGGAAACAGUUCUGUGUUUGUAGUAUGUGCUGGUGCUGUUGAGGAACUUCUGGCAUCUGCAACCUCAGCUGAGCCAGAACAACUUGAUGGCCUAGAGCCCCAGCGCUGGGAAGUGCAUUGGGAAGAAGUAGCAGAGUCACUACAGCCUCCACCUACUGAGGUGGAGCCGCCGCCACCACAGGACUCCACGGUUCCUGAGGCAGAACCAAUAGAAGUAGAAUCUGAGGCCUUCUCUACCACCCUAGAGCCAGUAGGGAACACCCACCAGUGCAGGGAGACCUUCAUUGAAGAACGCCAUCAAGAAACCCACCACAGCCCUCCCGGCCCAGAUAGAGGGAGUGGUGGGAGGACACGGUGGUCUGCUUCAGGAGGAGGUAGUUUUGUCCUGGAGACAGCUCGCCGACGGUUCCGGCAGUUCUGUUACAAGGAAACAGAGGGCCCACGAAAGGCUUGUGGCCAGCUGUGGGAACUGUGCAACCAUUGGCUGAAGCCGAAGAACCGCACCAAGGAGCAGAUUCUGGACUUGUUGAUCCUGGAGCAGUUUCUGGCUGUUCUCCCUCCUUCAAUUCGGAGCCAGGUGUGGGAAUGCAGCCCUGAGACUUGUGCACGAGCGGUGGCGCUGGCUGAGGAGUUCCUGGCAAAGCCGACAGAAGCGGAGAGACCAGAAGAGCAGGAUUCAGACCUAUUCGAGGAGGUGGUGGUGACUUUUCCAGAAGAGGAUCAGCCCCUCUCGGACGCUGAGCAGGGAGAGACCUGCCUGGAGGCGGAGCAGAGGGAUGAUGUGGACAUUUGUUUACUGGGUUCUUCCGACACAGAGGCAACUUGGGAUUCUUCGGCAGACGAAGGAGGUUCAGCAGGUGCCAGGACCCCCAGCCGAGCAGACCCCCAGUUUGUAUUUGGAGAACGGCUCAAUGGAGUGAUGCAACAUUUGGGCCCCAAGAGGAUCCGUGUGAGAGAGAAACGCCACCCCUGCAUAGAAUGUGGGAAACGGUUCCGGUGCCAGUCGGAGCUUGCCCUACACCAAAAAGUCCACACUAGGCCAAAAUCCUAUCACUGUGACGAGUGCGGGAAGCAAUUUGGCCGAUCUUCGCAUCUCACUCGGCACCAGAAGACCCACAUGGGUGAAGAAUGUCACCUUUGCACUGAGUGUGGCAAAAGGUUCCGGUGGCCAACAGAACUGGCUAUCCACCAGCUGAUCCACACAGGCCAGCAGUCGCAUUAUGCCUUGGGCCCCGAGACAUUGUUCCAGUGGCCGUCAGAACUCUCAGGCCACCAGAGUAUGUUCAUGGGCGAGAAAACACCUCCAGCAGUUGAGGUUGUAAAAACCCAUACAGUCAAGAAGCCCCAUCUCUGCCCAGAAUGCGGGAAAGGAUUCCGGUGGCCUUCGGAGCUCGCUACACACCAGAAGACCCAUAACAAAAACAAACACUACCUCUGCGCAGAGUGCGGGAAAGGAUUCCAGUGGCCAUCGGAGUUAGCUGCGCACCAGAGAACUCACACUGGAGACAGCUUCCCUCUUGUUGCAGAUUUCGGGAAUAGCAAUGGUCAGCCGCCGCUUCUCACUACCUACCUUGGAGCCAAUGCAGCUGAGAAGCGCCACAUUUGUGGAGAGUGUGGCAAAGCCUUCCGAUGGCCAUCGGAGCUUGCCACGCAUCAGAGAAUCCACACCGGUGAAAAACGUUAUUUCUGCACAGAGUGUGGGAAAGGGUUCAUAUGGCCCUCAGAGCUCGCUGCCCACCAGAGAACCCACACUGAAAAGCAAUCCUACCAUUGCAUGGAAUGCGGGAAAAUAUUCCACGACCUCUAUGGGCUUACGAGACAUCAGAAAACCCACUUGGGAAGCAAAGUGUAUCCCUGUGCUGAGUGUGGGAAAACAUUUAGCCGGCAAUCUCACCUGACUCGGCACCGGAUAACCCACACCGGGGAGAGACCGUAUCCUUGUAUCGAGUGUGGGAAAAGGUUCGGCCGUCAGUCUCAUCUAACUCGGCACCUGAGAAUCCACACUGGUGAGAGGCCAUACCAGUGCGGGGAGUGCGGGGUGCGGUUCAGGCGGAGACACAGUAUGAUCUACCACCAGAGAAUCCACUUGAGAGAGUCCUCUAUUGGACCAGACAUGCCAAACCUUCCUGACCAUCUCCAGAGCCCCAUCCAUGUAACCAUCUGAAACUUGAAAACAGGAACAGUGGGUGGGUAGGUGGGAAGUAGAUUGUCAUGAAAUCCAGCACAGCUCCUCCUGGGCUCCUUUCUCCUACAGAGUUGAGAUUUAUUGCGAUCCUAAGUGGCUGCACCAUGGAAUGCCAGUGGCACGCCCCAGAAUCCAUUGCAGUGUAGCAAAAGACACUGGAGACACAAACACUUGGAUUAGGUGCCCACUGCAAAGGAUCCUGGGAUAGGGACCUGAACACCCCCUUGAUUUAUGUGCUGCUUCAUUGUCAUCCAUCUUGAAAAUGCUGCCCUGGUUAGUCCUGCUGACUUCCCAUGUGUAGCCGCUACAGGAAGAGGGAAACACAUAAGUCUGUGGAAAGAGUCUCUUCCCCUACCCCUCUCCUCAGCAGCUAGAACACUGUUCUCUGAAACAUGUGACAAAUGGUUAAGUGGGUGGGAAGCUGUAUUUCCUGCCUCCCUUAUGCUGGUCUGCAUUCUCCUAUUUUGUACUGUAUCACACAGCGUCUUGGGUCUCUGAGUCUGUGCCUCAGGAGGCUUGUGGAGGGUGACUUCCCAGAAUUUGAGCCUCCCACUCUGUUGGCCUCAGGAUUGCUGGGUUCCACAUGGUGCAGCACAGUUGUGUUUUUUAAUCCUCAUAUAUUGGGGCGAGAGCCACUUCUCCUGUUCUAUGCUGCACUGUGGGAGAUGUGGCUCUCUUCUUCCCCCACCCCCCACCGAGCAUAGGAGCUCAGUUCCAAAUUAAAUCUGGUUAGCUGUUUCUGUGGUAGCAAAUUCUCCUCUUCCUUCCCUCUUACACAAGAAAUCCAGACAAGAAACUUAAUUUGUAAAUCAGCACGAUGCAGGAGUAUCAUCCUUCUCCCCCUCCCCCAGGUACUUUUCACCUUCCAGAACACUUAUUUUCAGUUUAUCUCUCCCACAAUUCCUGUCUUGGAAAACGAAGGGGGAGGAGGGUGGAUCUGCACAGGUUUUCCUUCAUUUUAAUUCUAGGAGGUGGGCUAUUUUUAUCCAAGCUGGCCCUUAAGGAGGGUAGUAAGAGAGAAUCUGAGGUUCUUCUUCCUGAAUAGAAAGGUGAGCUGCCAUAGGAUGGGAAUAAAAUGUCACUUUUUGUGGUUAGGAUUUCCUGAAAGAGUAAUUUAACAAGUAGAUAAUCCAUUGGUCUUGGGAUAUGAGCAAGAAAGAGGGCAAACUCGGACCAGCCAGCUGCAGAAUUUAAGAUGGGGGAGAGAUGUUUCAGCUCUGAACUGUAUUCAGUUUUAUAAAUGACUUCAAAGUUUUGGGAGGCACGGAGCCCCCCCCCCCCCUUCUGUGGCUCAUUUUUUCACCUUCUGUUUCUGCAGAGAUCCUCAAUUAUAGGGGGAGAAAAGGGUAAAGCAUAUUCUUGAAGGACGUUUAUCUUUUUUUUUUCCUCUUUGGAUUAACACUUGAGACAAUUGGGACCUCCUUAAAGACACAAGAAUUGACUCAUUUUUUUUUUUGAAUCAGCUUCAAAUAAAGAGCUUUCUAUAAA